ACCCGGAGUUCUAAUUUAAAUUCGUAACGAAAUAGAUUCGCAUUUAAUUAAGGAAAAUGGACCGCUACUGCGAGGAAAAAUAGGGAAGAUAACGCAAAUAUACUAUUUCAAGCCUACCACUGAAAGCAGUCGGCCAUUUUCGACUUCGUUCGGUUUAGUUGUUGGGUCGAAUGCCUGUGUAUACCUGAAUUUAGAAUCCGAACCGGAUGGGACCGUCGAAAGAUCGAAACGAAAUGAGACGUAGUUCAUCAUCUGCACGGAAUGAAGAAGAACGGGAGAGACGGAGAAGAGAAUGGCUGAUACAACAAGAAAGAGAAAGAGAGCAUGAAAGGCACAAGCAAAAGAUGAUAUUAGAAUAUGAAAGACGUAGAGCACGAGAAAAAGGUUUAAAUCGUUCCGAACGAACAUCGUCACAUAGUAAGAGUAGAAGUCGUUCUUCAGAAAUUCAACCAAGUGCCAAAUUUAAGUGUGAUACAUUAAAUUUAUCGAUCAUGCCAGAAAAAUGUCAGUCUUCAAGUGGAAGUGUACCAUUAUUUAAAGGUCCAGAAGGUACACUUGUUAGUGUCAAUGAAUUACGUCGAAUAAAGAUUGAUAUACACCGCAACAUUCCUGGGGCAACAGACGCCACUUCAUUACAUCGUGAUAUUAUUAAUCCCGAGGAUGUAGUUCUAAAAAGAAGAGAAGGCGAGGGAAGUAAACCAAUUUUUGAACGUGAAGAACUCAAGCGGAUCGAUGACAAAGUAAAUGAAGUGGAGGAGCGUCGUACUAUUAUGACCGUGGAUAAUACUAAAAUAGUUAAAAAAUCUCAUUCUUCUAGAAAUCAUUCAACAUCUUUAAGCCCUACAAGAAAGCGACAUGGCCGUGUUCGAGAAUCGUCUCCUCAUCACUCUAGAGAUGAAGGUUGCAGAGAUUCUAAAUCGGAUUCCCGCAGGAGUAGGAGGAGUGAUAGAGAAAAUGACCAUCAAUCAAAAAAAAGCAGAGGUCGCGACAGAUCCAGAGAAGGAACAUUGAGAAGGGCAGCUUCAUCUUCAAGAUUUAGCGAUCGAUCACGAGGUCGUACACCAUCUCGGGAGCGAUCUCGAUCAAUGGACCGAGAUCAGCGAAAAUAUACCCACGAUACGAAUAGAAGAACUGAAGGCUUUCAUCGGAGCAGUCGACGAAGAAGUAGAAAUGAUUCGCACGAUAGAAGGGACGAUCGAUCAAGAGAUAUCGGGAUACCACCAUCACAUCACUAUAUUGAGCACGUCCCGAUUCCAGUUUAUUACGGAAAUUUUCCUCCACGUCCUAUGAUGAUGGGUCCGAUGUUACCAAUGCGAGGGCAAAUUCCCAUGAUGAGAAACAGGAUUCCGUUUGGGGCUAGAUUACCGUUUCCACCAAGAUUUAUACCUCCUAAUAUGUACAGACCAAGUUCAUCAAAUCCAAGAAUGAAUCAAAUGUUCUAAUUCGACUGCUUGAGACGCAUUGCUAUUCGUAAAAUCGAAAGAAAUUAAUUCAGUUGUACAUUAUUUAUACAUAUGAUAAUAAAAUUCUUAUCAUACUUUUA